AUGACAUCCAAUUCAACUGCCGAAGAAACCAGGCAACCCUCCGACACCCGUCCGGCAAGUCAGGCAACAAGCCAUAACGACGAAUCUAAGCCCCUCCAUGUUUUACGGCGCGAGCCUACAAGAGAAGAAAAGACGGCAGAGGCGUACGCCGAGGGUCAUGAUGCCGACAUCCCGUCCAGUCUGGGUUACGUGCUUGACGAACGUGGCGAGGAGAGACGAAGGCAGUCCAUAGCAACUCAGAGACGAUCAUCUAAUGCGCGGGAACCAAGCCUCGGCCAUUCUGGGGCUGCAGACGUCGAAAAGGGUAACCCAACAACAGAGGAUGGCGAUGGUGGUGAAAGCUCUGAAGACGAGAACGUGGUGUGGUGGGAUGGUGACGAUGACCCCCAGAAUCCAUACAACUGGCCAACGUGGAAGAAAGUUAUGACCUGCACCUUGAUCAGUGCCAUGACAUUUGUUACUCCCCUUGCUUCAUCGAUUUUUGCUCCUGGUGUCCCAGAGCUCAUGAAAGAAUUUCAAAACGACAGCCUUUAUUUGGCCUCCUUUGUGGUUUCAGUCUACGUCCUCGGUUUCGCAGCAGGACCCUUGCUCUGCGCGCCACUGAGCGAGAUCUAUGGACGUACUAUUGUUUAUCACGUUUGCAACGUCGGCUUCAUUUGUUUCAACGUUGGUGCUGCACUUGCCCCGACCCUCAAUGCCCUUAUCGUGUUCCGUUUCUUCGCUGGCAUUUUUGGAUCCUGCCCCAUGACCAACGGUGGAGGUUCAAUUGCCGACAUGAUCAGACAGGAGAAGCGUGGCCUCGCUAUGUCGGUUUUUAGUAUUGGGCCACUUCUAGGUCCCAUCAUAGGCCCUGUGGCAGGCGGAUUUCUCUCUGAAUCAGCCGGCUGGCGUUGGAGCUUCUGGCUUCUAGUCAUUGUUUCUGGUGUCAUCAGUAUUGUCAUGCUCAUCUUCCUCAGGGAGACGUUUGCGACAGUGAUUUUGGACAGGAAGGUACGACGCCUCCGCAAAGAGACCGGCAACGAAGUGUUACGUUCGAAGCUCGAUAUCGGUCUUUCUUCAACCGACUACUUCAAGCGUGGAAUAAUAAGACCUCUCAAAAUGAUUGCCUUCUCCCCCAUAACAAUGAUAUUGUGCGUUAACUCUGCUUCUUCGCUUACUCCUUCUGUUCACUUUUACUCUUUCUAUCACGCUAACUAA